GAGAAACGUCAAAAUAUUUCCCUAGUUUUUGUUUUGCGCUUCUGAAUAUAAACCUCGCUGAAUCAUGUCAUUCGGCCGCCCUCCCUCGAUCUCUGGCGGUUUCUCCGUCUCGCCACCCGACAGGGGAUCCUUCCCGCUGGACCACUGGGGCGAGUGUAGGGACACGAUGAUGGUGUAUAUGGAGUGCAUGAAGAAGAACGAUAAUGCGUCGACGGAGUGCAGACAUCUGAGCCGGGAUUAUUUGGAUUGUAGGAUGAGGAAGGGACUCAUGGACCGUGACGACUUCAAGAACCUCGGGCUGACGAACCUGAAAGGCGACAAUAAUACUGGUUCAGACCCAUCACAUCCUACGCCGUCGUCACAGCCCUCCUCACCGACAACAUCCACGGGUGUAGGGAAGAAAGUUGUGUAGCCCCCGCCGGACGCUCUGUUCUCUCAGCAUUCAUUGUCGUUAUUCGUUGAGUAUCCAUGUACUAUCCUUGCUGCUAUCCAUCGCUUUAUAUUCCAGACAUACA